CUUUCUGCCGGCGGCGCCCCCCUGCUGUUGAGGCUGUGGUAUGAGCCUAUGUGGCAGGAAGGCGCUGACGUUGCUAAGCAGCGUGUUCGCUGUUUGCGGCCUGGGCCUGUUGGGAAUCGCCGUAAGCACCGACUACUGGCUCUACCUGGAGGAGGGCGUCAUCCUUCCCCUCAACCAAAGCACCGAAAUACGCAUGUCCCUCCACUCCGGCCUCUGGAGGGUUUGCUUUUUGGCUGGGGAGGAGAAAGGGCGGUGUUUUACCAUAGAGUACGUGAUGCCCACCAAUGUCCAGAUGACCUCUGAGUCAACUGUCAGUGUCCUCAAGAUGAUCCGUUCUGCCACACCUUUUCCUUUGGUCAGCCUCUUCUUCAUGUUCAUUGGUUUUGUACUCAGUAACAUCGGCCACAUCCGACCACAUCGCACCAUCCUGGCUUUUGUUUCUGGAAUCUUCUUCAUCCUGUCAGGUCUGUCUCUGGUUGUUGGUCUGGUCUUGUACAUCUCCAACAUUAAUGAUGAAAUGUUGAACAGGACCAAAACUAAUGAAGCCUACUUCAGUUACAAGUACGGCUGGUCGUUCGCCUUUGCUGCCAUCUCCUUCCUUCUAACUGAGACGGCGGGUGUCAUGUCGGUGUAUCUGUUCAUGAAGCGCUACACAGCAGAGGAAAUGUACCGGCCCCAUCAGGGCUUCUACCGGCCUCGCCUCAGCAACUGCUCCGAUUACUCUGGCCAAUUCCUCCAUCCGGAUGCCUGGGCUGGGCGAGGUCGCAGUCCCUCCUCAAUCUCCUCCGAGGCCUCCCUCCAGAUGAACUCCUCCAACUACCCUGCCCUCCUCAAGUGUCCAGAGUAUGAACAAAUGUCCUCCUCACCUUGCUGAGGCAGAGGACGAGCAGUUGUGUGAGCACCAUAGGCUCCAAUUUGAUCUGCCUGGAUUUUGGCAUAAAAUUUUCCAAUAAUUUGAUAUUUUCAAGCUUGAAACACUCCAAGUUCCCACUUCAAGUGUCCUGAUGAUGACGUGAUUCUCUCUACCCUCCCUGCUGCUGAUUUUUAGUUGCACUUUUUGGUUCUGUAGGGAGUAAUACUUAAGAUGAAGGUUAGCCAGUUCACUGUAUUCUGAGGUAAUCUGUCUUGUUCCAGGGAGAGCUGUUAGACCAGACUGUAAUUUUUUUCUGCUUUUUCUAUACUUUUUAAUGAUGGGGGAUUGGUAACCUGAUGAAAUGACCAAGGUAGGGCGAAGUUAUCUGAGAGGAGUGACCUGUGUAGCUCCAACAUGCAGUGAGCAAGUCAAUUAUUUGCCUGUAGUACUGCCACAGUCCUAAACCAAUAGAGAGGAUUACAUCCUGCACAUCUGCAAACAUGGAGAGUUUAGAAUACGGAUUAGAACUGGAUUGGAAACUAUGUGCCAGGGAUUCAGAGCCUGCACAUUUUCAAAGCCAAAAACGAAAGUAGCUUCAUUCAGUCAGAAAGCAGAAACUAAUCAGUGGACUCACCUUUGUUUAGAGGAAACUUGCUGAAAAUUAUAAAUACUACAGGUUGGUUCUGGACAGAAUAUUUCCUUAAUUUGAUCAUAAGAUCAUUGCUCACAUUGUGCAUACUUCUGAUUUAUAAAUUAAAAAUGAGGUUGUUAAAGCUCCUUUUGUCUACAAAUUGCGCAUGUGCACCAGCUGUUUGAGCACAAGCAAGUUCAAUUCACAUCUUUGGUUGUCACUAUUUAAGUGAAGUACACUGCACUUUGUGCAAAAAAUGGCUUGUUGGUGUAGUUAACUGAAGGUAUUCUAAUGCAAAUCACAACAGUUUUAAACAUGUUUAUGUGAAGUCAGGAGGUAGAACUCAGCUUGAAUUUUCAAUGUUCAGGUUUAGAGUUUAUGAUACACAUGAUGAAUGUGAAUUUCAACCAACUCAAAUAGAUCAUUUUAACUGACAUACAAUUUUGUAAACAAAAAUCUGUUUGACUGGGGUUACAUGCUGACAGAGUUGGGAUGAUAUUUGACCUUCCAUGUGAACCUCACGUUUAAGUAUUGACACCAAAGGAAAGGUUUGUGUCGUAGGCUGCUGGUCCAGAUAUAUGACAUCCACUUCUCUUUAAAUACCUAAAUCUGAAUAUGCUAAUGGGCAUAUAAACUUUUGAGUGUAUUAUUUUAUUAUCUUGUAAAGUAAAGGAAACAGACAGAACAAGAAUAAUGCUUUAUUUGCUCCCAUAACCCAUCAUUAAUAACAAUAGAGGACCGCUUUACAUCAGUGUUUCAAACAAUGCGGAUGUAAACAAAGCUUUUAUGUUUAUGGAGAACCUAUGAUUCCUGUAUACAGUGGUCUUCUUAGCUGGUCAAGUAAUUAAAUACAGGAAGUGUGU